AUGAGCGCCAGCGAUUCUCCGCCACCAGCGCAGUCCGUUUCCCGUUCGUCUCCGACGGCUGCUGGUAGCCCUUUGGCUCCGUGGUCUCGCAGCGGCCGCGAGGAGCCUGCAAUGGCCGUCUACUGCAGCGAAGCUUUUAGUGUCUACCCGCAGACAGCCACCGCCACUGCGGGCCCCUCGGGGCAGAGACCUGCCGCCGCCACCUAUGCGCUUGGCGACUAUGGGGCACCCCCCGGAGCUGCCGGGUACCUGUGGGGCGUGAGUAGUGCUGGGCCGUACGUGCAAAGUACCGGCGGAGGCGGCAGUAGCGGGAGCUCGGGCGCGUCCUUUUUACCCUACGGCUGCCCUCCGAGGGCCGUCGGGGGGCCGCAGAUCUUGGCUUCGCCAGGGCCCGCGACUGGCUCAGGCUCAACAACCGAGCUGGGCUGGCUUAGCCUGGCUAGCCAAGAGGAACUGCUACGCCUAGUGCGACCGCCGUAUUCUUACUCGGCACUCAUCGCCAUGGCCAUCCAGAGCGCUCCGGAGCGCAAACUAACGCUCAGCCACAUCUACCAGUACGUGGCCGAGAACUUCCCCUUCUACAAGCGCAGCAAGGCCGGCUGGCAGAACUCCAUCCGCCACAAUCUCAGCCUCAACGACUGCUUCCGCAAAGUGCCGCGGGACGAGGACGAUCCCGGAAAGGGAAAUUACUGGACCUUAGACCCAAACUGUGAGAAAAUGUUUGACAAUGGGAAUUUUCGCCGCAAGCGCAAGAGACGUUCUGAUCUCAGUGCCUCUGGAGUGGCAUCUGGUGUUUCAACCUUGGGGACCCUGAAGACUCAGGAAGGGAUCCCCAUCGCUUUAGACCCUGGGAAGCCCUGCAGUGACAGCCCUUCCUCAGUUCUGGAGCCAACAGCCUCUCUGAGGGACACCGCAAAGAGCAGCUCUCCACCUGUGGUUGCCCCACCGACCCCAAGCUGCCUCAGCACCUUUUUCAGUGGCAUGAACUCCCUCAGCAGUGGGCCUCGUCUUCCUGAACUGCAGCAUCGAAGCCACCCUGCCGGCCCAAUUAGAGGUGGCAGUUUCAACCAGGAUCCUCCUUUGACUGAGCAGCUGCAACGAGUCUCGGGUCCGGCUGGCACCUACUAUAGCCAUUUCCAUCCUAGCAAUGGAGGUCAAUCAGGACAGUAUAAUCAUUUAUACAACUUCACAGUCAACAGCCUCAUUUAUGCCCGGGAAGGCACUGAAGUAUAAGGCUGAUUGCCCUGAGCUAGCAAGACAGACCAGAGAGCUGCUUUUCUAAUUUUAAAACAAAGUCUGCAUCAAACAUCUGGAAGUCCCAGGAGAAGAAAAGGUUUUUGAAACCUGCUGUUUGAAAAACACUGUACAGUUUUCUGCUGUUUCUACCUAUUGUGAAGAUGCAACAUAAUUUUGAUUAUUGAGGCUCUCUGGAAGGAGUGAUUUAGAAAGAUUUCAGGGAUUGAAACUAAAUAUAUAAAAAUAGUACAUUGCUUGCUGGUCUCAUUUUCUUUAGUUUUUGAACCAUUGUUUAUGGCACCAUGGUAUAAAAGAAACAGAAAACAGAUUUUAUGAAGUCCCUUUAGUUUAAAUAUAACCCUGAAUGUUUUUGAUAAUGAUAACUGAUAUGAAGCUUGCAGUAAAUGCUACAGUACACCUGCCAGUUGUUUGACAAUCUACUGAAAUCCGGUUCACCCGUCCUCAGGCAACCAUCAAAUUUAAAUGAUAAAAUUUAUUGAAUAUCAGUGGCUUAUAAACAUAGUUUGAGUUCAGUCUGGUAAAUCACAGGUCUUAGAUUAAAAACUGUAUUACUGACAUAGUUUAGUAAUUAAUGACAAAAUUACUGUGCACUUUUGUACAAGAGAACGGUAUGAACCACUUCUUUUAUAAUGAAGUUAUUAUUACUACAUAUAUUUUCAUGGAAACAAAUUCCAUGAAAAUUGGUGCACCCAGGACAGCUGUGAAGUCAUUCAGUUCCGUUGGUUUGGGAUUAUAUUAUUUCAGAUGUGAAUGGGGAAAAUCAAAUAUUUGAUCCUCUGCCAUAUCAGAAACUUCCAGCAUUGAGAAAACUUAUUUGUCCCGAUAAAACUUGUGUUGGGAUGAUUUUUUUCUUGUGUGAAGAGCUGUAGUUUUUCAACAUAUGGCUUCUGAAAAAUACCACAUUCUGAAUUGGUCAAUUAUAUAACAAUAAUUAUAUAAGUGUGGAAUAUCUUCCUGGGAGCCUUCUUUUCCAUACUACACGUGACUGCCUAGUUGCUAGGAUUAAGAACUACUUUUUGUGAAAACAUGAGUUUGAUAGGGCUUUCUGCCAAAGACACACUUUUAACCUUCCAUUUUCAGCAGAAGAAACAUCUUGAAUAUUUUUCAAAAUACAUGCUAUUUUGUAAUAGGCUACACUAUAUAUGUAUUCUUA